AAGGGCGUCCUAAAAGUGCGCUGCUCUCUGGGAGAUGUAGUUCGACCUCUCCUUUUGGCGAGCUUGUAAAAGCGAAUACAUUUUUUUAAAUCGGUUCUUGGAUCUGCUGGUCUACACAGAGUGGGAAAGAACUUUAGAGUAAAAGUUGAAAUUAAAAGACUAUCAGGUGGAAAGUUCGAAGGACGCCAAACUUAGAAAUGAACUACAAGUCCCAUGAAGCUUCGCGCGAGAAAGCUGUCCCACCCCCGUGAAGAGAAGGCUGAAGCGCAGGCGCGGGCGCAGGCGCAGGGGCGGACAAGACCGGGCCGGGGGAAAGAUGGCGUCUCCAACGAUACUCGGGCAGCUGUACUCUGUCUUCUUCCGCAGAUCGUCCGCCUUCGCGCUCACCAUCGCCGUGGGCGCCUUAUUCUUCGAGCGCGCCUUCGACCAGGGCGGCGACGCGCUCUACGAAACCAUCAACCAAGGGAAGCUAUGGAAGCACAUAAAGCACAAGUAUGAGGAGGAGUAGCUGCGGGUGCCAGACCAGACGCGAGAGCGAGGGGAGCGGGCGCGAUCUCCAUGGACGGCGGCGCUCGGCGCAGAGAAGACCCGGGCGGAGGCUGCUCGUGAGGUGCUCGGGGCGCUCGUUCCUCCACCUUGGCUGCAUCUGCUCUGAGAACCUACAAAUAAAUAGGAUGUGAAUUUAUCUGUGAAA